GCCAGCCUGCACAGCUCUUCCGGAGGCGGAUAAUCCCCCAUCUCUACCUCUACACACGGAGUCCUAAUGCAAUCAGGAAGGCAUUGCUGCAACUCACCUCAAGGAAAGAAGCGCGUUUGGGUAGAAAAUUCAAGCAACGACCCCGAAGAAACCACCACUAGAAAGAUCGAGGCUUGGACUAAAACAGAGAUGGAUAUUUGCCUUUUUACAUUUUCUGUAUUGUGUUAAAGAGUCCAAAUCUGACAAGCCGAUUCCUUGAUAAUGUGGCAGCUGCUGUCGCAUUUCAUUUAGUUUUGGGAACAAGAACAUCCUGCGCGUAUUUAGAGAUUGCUCACCAUGCUGACACACAAUCUGGUGUUAACUUUCAUCAUUGCGGCUCUCUCUCGGGUCAGCAGCGAACCACCACAAACUCUUUCAUCACCUGCGACGCUGCUGAAUUCAACAUCAUCAUCAUCAUCAUCAUCAUCCAUCAUCAUCAGCGAAGACGAACAGGCGAAUAAUGUCACAGACGCAGCCGUGGGAUCCCGGAUUUCAUCCAUCAUGACGCAUCUGCCCACUCUGAAAAACGUAGUGAUUCUGGUCUGCGUGCUAACAGCUGCUCUCAUCACAUGCCUGGUCAUCAAAGUGAUCAGAUCCGGGAGGCGAAUCAGAAAAACACGUAAAUAUGACAUCAUAACGACUCCUGCAGAGCGCGUGGAGAUGGCCCCUCUGAAUGAGGAGAACGACGACGAUGACGACUCGACCCUGUUUGAUGUCAAAUACAGGUGAACCCAAGCACGGACAAUCCAGAUUUUCUUAACUCCUAUAAUUUUCCCCGGGACCACUCGAGUGAUUUCCUCUAUUUUUUUUUUCUUUUUGUACGUGUUGUUAAGUCUUACUGAAUCAGCAACUUCUCUGCAGCAGCUUGUGCAUGGCUUUUUUUUUGUCUGCGUUUUAAAGGACUGGAGCCAUCAGGAGAUGUCAUUGUUUGCUGCUGUACUGACGCGUCUAUCACUCGGCUCAGAAACCUGCCUACUUCUUUCUGAGAUGAAACAACUGGAAGCCUCAUGCUGUGCUGCAUAGGACAGCACGCCCGCUCGCCGAGUUUAAAAAUGAAGGACUAAUAAUCCCACUUUAAGUUACGAGCGAUUAUCUAAUCUUUAUAUAUUCAUAUUUUUUGGCCACAAAAAACGUCAAGUUUGAUUGUCAAAUGUUAACAUGCAACACCUGUUGUGCAACAAACAGGUAGUAUUUGCACACUAUAAUUUAUAUAUGAGAUAAAACUUUCACACCAAACAGGCUUCUUGUCUUCUAACCACUUCAUUGUGCGUAAACACUGUAUGAUUGCUGUUCUUAUCUUUGGAGUAAACGUCUAUUUUUUUACACGGUGAUGGCAGACUUUCCUGUUUUGCUGCUCUAGCAGCGAAAUUAUAAAAAGGUCUAAAUCCAAAGGAGAAUGAUACGGUUAUAUUUGUAAGGUGUUUAUACAAAUAUUUACUCUGAAUUUAAAUGCUGGAAACGGAUGUGAGUUUUUUUUUUUUUUUUUUGUUAUCAUAUAAAUAUGUCAUUUAUUCAAGUAACCACUGAAUUUAGCCGACAACAGAUUGAAGGACCGCGGUGAUGAAGUGACUUUAUUGAAGUGUCUGACAUGCACACAGACUUAUUUCUUAAACUGAGCUAUGUUUCAUCAGUUUAAAAAAAAACAUCUUGCUAGAGAUAAAAGUCAAACAGCUUGUCAAAUGAAAUGUUAAAGUCUCCCACAGUAAUGUUCCUGUUGUAAUGUCGAACUGAACAAGAGUUUCUGAUUUGUGCUGCACAGAUUCUAAACCAAUCUAUUUCUUAGAUUGGAUGUGAUAUUUUGGUUGAAUUGAGUAUUUAAUAAAAAUGCAUGGAAGCCUUCUUCACCAAGUGGAACAUUUCACUCGAUUAUUAUACCUUUAAUUGAAAGACAAAACUCAGGAAUCAACCAAAAGUCGGAUUGAAAUCUUCUAAAAUAAGAGGUUUAAAACAGUUUACACUAAACAAAAACAAUGCCAGGAUGUCGUCUGCAGUGAAUGUGAGUGUGGAUGACCUUUUGUUUUAAUCCAAACUGUUAUUUGAUCAUGCACUGUGUCUACACGUGCAGCUGUUUCCAAAUGACCUCCACCGCGAUUUAACAGUUACAAGAAAAGGAGACGACAGUUGGUAGUCCUGCAUCACUUUUUCAACUUAUUCUUUCCAGGAGAAAGACUAUUGUGUUUUUUUGUUUUGUGACAUUCAUGAAAGACUGGAUAUGUUUGUCUUUGUAAAGUAUGAGCAGUAUGCAGGGAUGAUGUGUGUGAAUCAUAUAAAGAACCAGAUGUAAAUCAA